AUGAAUAAAAAAAAACAUACCAAGAUAAUCAUGGAACCGUUUUGGAACUUGAUAAGGAGCUACGUAAUUCCUUUGAAAUUGCUGUAUUUUUUUAUAAAUGUGCAGUACUACGCGUUUUACCAGUUUAGAGGACCAUUUGCAGUCACAAUGUUCAACGUUUCAAAAGAGCACUACGGCUCGUUCUUGGGAAUCAUACUAGCGGUGUGUUUCUUCACAAAUACGGUGCUGGCCACGACGAGUGACAAGUUUGGAAGACCAAAGCUGUUUAUAUGCACGUUGCUGAUUGUGUCAAUGGUAUCGUUUGAGCUGUUUUAUCUGUGGCCCGCGGCAAAAGAAUACGAAUCCAUUUUCUGGGUGGUAAUGUUCCUGUACUCGUUCUUCAACACUGCCAUACCACCUCUCCUGGACCGCUUCGCAAUCGAGUACCUCAACAACACGCCGAAUACUGGUGCUCGCGCGUACGGCAGGCAGCGCCUGUGGGGAACAGUUGGUUACCUAUUAGGAAAUAUGGCAGUUGAGACACUGUGCCGAUCUGAGCCAAAAAAAUACGACUUCAACAGCCUAAAGUACUACGUUCCGCUAGUUACCAUACCCGCGGUGCUGUUCUCCGCGCUGUUCAUUAAAUCGUAUGACCGCACAGAGCGCUCGAACGCAGACAUAGAGAGCAGCUGGGUAUCCUUCGUGAAGAACAAGCCAUACCUUUUUUUCAUUUUCAUAAUUCUCCUCAACGGUAUAACACGCGCUGGAAUGACCAUGUACCUAUCGAUCUACCAGACAGAAAUACUUAUGCUUGAAGGCUACACGCUCUCGGACAGGAUCCCAAAAUUCUUGCAGAGCAUCAUAAACGUAGUGAACAAAAAUCCUAUCAGCACUACGGCCACGUGUGGCGUGCUUUUUGAGAUCAUCAUUCUCUACUACUCGCAAAACAUUGUUGGGCGGUGUGGCCUGUACUGGCCGCUCUUAUUCGCACAGGUUGCACAGUUCGUACGUUUUGCUGGGUACUACGUCCUGCCAUACGACAAUCCAAACACGUAUAUGUUCAGCUGCCUGCUGGAAACGAUGAAAGGCGUGAAUUUCGGCCUUACACACUCUUCGGGCGUGCAUAUUGCCAACAUGAUGUGUCCCCCUCAUCUGAAGGCAACCUCACAAAUGAUAUACACGGGAACGUUCACCGGUCUGGCAUCGUUUGUAGGCGGUCAGAUAUUUGGCUUGGUGUUCUCCUCCAAGAUUAACAACGAAGAUAUGUCCUCCUCAGACAAGGCCAAGAUAUUUAGUAACUUCUACAUUGUGAACAUGUUAAUCACGUCCUUUGCCAUUGUGCUCUUCGUGUACAAAUAUGGAAUGCGCGACCGCGUGCUCAGCUUCGAUUCACUCGCAGGAAGAGCACCACAAAAGAAGAUUGAAGAGCGAAAAGUUGUAAUGGAUGUUGAUGAGGAAGAGGGCGGCAGCAAGCCGACUAAUCCCAAGUCUACAAUGUAAUCCUAGAUGUGUCCUUUUAGAUUCAAUAAAAUUCUCAGUAAAUGUGC